UAUCUUCUCUCUCGUUUUGUGUCAUUCUCGCCGUAAUCCGCCAUUUUUUUGUGGUCGAUUGUGCAAUUGAAGAAUCGAAUCUGUGCUGUGUGAAGAUUUAAUUUAAAGAAUGGGAAAAGCUACGCGGUGGUUGAGGGGAGUUUUAGGGUUGAAGAAGGAGAAGGAAAAUGGGGAGAAUGGGGAGAAGAGGGAGAAGAAAAAGUGGAUUUUCGCCAAGUCGGGGAAGGGUUCCGGCGGUCUGGACCAAGCUCCGGCGAGCAUCCCGGUGGACUCGGCGUGGCUGAGAUCUUACAUUGCCGAUACCGAGAAGGAGCAGAAUAAGCACGCGAUUGCGGUGGCUGCAGCCACCGCCGCCGCCGCCGAUGCCGCCAUGGCCGCCGCCCAGGCGGCGGUGGCGGUUGUGAGGCUGACGAGUCAGGGGAAAGGCGGUUUGUUCGCCGGCGAUAGGGAGAAAUCGGCCGCCGCGAAAAUUCAGACUGUGUUCAGAGGCUAUUUGGCCAGGAAAGCGCUAAGAGCUCUGAAAGGGCUGGUGAAGCUUCAAGCCCUUGUUCGAGGCUACCUUGUCCGAAAACGAGCAGCUGCAACUUUACACAGUAUGCAGGCUUUGAUUCACGCCCAGGCCGCGGUUCGAUCGCAUAGGGCGCGACGAUCGAUCAACAGCGAGUACAGAUACCAGCCGGAAAUGCGAGCUAGGAAGUCGACUGAGAAGUUCGACGAAUUUCACAGCAAGAGGCUAUCGGCAUCAUACGAUCCGUCGCUCAACGUCUUCGACGACAGCCCCAAAAUUGUCGAGAUCGACACGUGCCGUCCGCGAUCGAGGUCACGGAGAAUCAGCACUUGCCUGUCGGAAUAUGGGACCGACGAUCAGUACUACCACAUGUCGUCGUCGUCGCCGCUUCCGUACCCAGUCCCGUCUCGUCUUUCGAUCCCCGAUUCCCGUAACCUCCAGGACUUCGACUGGGGGUUUGUCGCCGAAGAUUACAAGUUUGCCACCGCACAAAACACGCCCCGGUUCGGGACCUCGGGUCGCGGGACCCACGCUCCUGGCACGCCGGCGAAGAGCGUCUGCGGCGAUAGCUUCUACCGGCCGUACUCGAAUUUCCCGAGCUAUAUGGCGAAUACACAAUCCUCUCGGGCUAAGCUCCGAUCCCGCAGCGCCCCGAAGCAGAGGCCCGUUAUUGAAUCAGGCGCGAACACGAAGAAACGGUUGUCGUUGAACGAAAUAAUGGCGUCCCGGAGUAGCUUCAGCGGUGUGAGGAUGGAGAGGCCGACGUUGUGCCCUCGACAAGUCGAGGAAAGCUUCGAGGAAGGUUUUGAGUUUUAGGGCGCGGCGAUCGCAUUAGAUUCUACGGGUUUAUCGAUAGGGUUGGUUCUGGGUUGGUUCUGGGUUUUGUUCAUAGAGAAGAUAUUUAAGGUUUGAGUUAUGUCGAUUUCGUCGUCUUGACAGCUGAGAAUGAGAAUAGAACAGGUUGAGUUGAUGAUCUUGUGUAAAUUUCUUUCACAAAUUUAUGUCUGAUGAAUCAUAUGAUAUGAAAUG